GCAUCGCAACUGGAGACAGAGCCAAAUCCGUGUAUUUACGCUGGCCGAGGAUGUGUCAGAGGAGAAAGCGAAGGCUGCCGGGGAGACCCUCCGGGAGCGCCGAUUGUUCGACGUCGAAGUCGAGGUGAUCCUGGCAGACGAUGCGAUGAUCCAACCCUACACUUACGAUUGGACAUGGCGCGUGGAGGGCCGCCACCAAUUCCUCUCCUCCCUCCGCGUGGCACCGGCUGCAGCAGAGUCUAUCCCGCUGGAAAUCGACGACCUGUUCGUGGUGGACGAGAACUCCUGUGUCAGUGCCGAUCCUCGGGACCCUCCCUGCUCCAGCACAUCUUCGCGAAGCGUGGAUAGUAGAUGCGGCGAUCCAGAAGACAGCCAGCCUGGAAACGUGAUGGUCAGCGACUGCCGCACCGACCGUUCCACGAAGGAGACAGGGCAUGUCAUGCGAAAUCGGUGCCACACGCGAGUGAGCCAGCCACCUCUCCCGAUGUGUGCGCGACUUCCUCCGGCGCCCGAGUUUACCAACCUCGAGUCGUGCGCAAGGCUGAACCAGGUAGUGCUCUCACGGUCCAGUGAAGCAGAUCUUGUCGUCUUGAAUCUUCCGGACCAGUGGGGGACGGAGGCUCACAAAGCGCGCGCCUUCAUGACCUACUGCAACACUCUCACUGCAGGCCUGAGGCACGUGAUGUUCGUGCACUCCAGCGGCCACGAGGUCUUCGACCUCUCAAACUAG